GGCACAGGGGCCACCAAUUCCUCAGGACAGCUGUGGCUUCUUUGCUGAGAUUGAAGAAGUUGCCUGAAAAGUUAAAAAGGACAGAAAACAAACACAAAGAGGAUAAAGGACCCAAGUUACAUACAGUGACCAAAGAAGAGAAGCCUAUAUUUCCCAAGGGAUGGGCUGAGGGUGUGGCUACUCCCCUGGCCAUAAAUGGCUUGGCCAGGGCUCUCUGGGAGCCACCUCUAGCCCUGCCUCUCCAGUUAGAUGCUUCUACUAAUGGGAGACACAAGCAAAACACCACCAGCAUGAAAGGAGCUUGCAGAAGACAGUGACUGCAGAGGAUUCCUGGGAGGCUGGUGGAAAUGGGUUUUUCACUAAACUUCACACUGCCGACUAACACGACCUUCUCUCCAGUUGUUACACGUGCGAAGGAAGCAGACUGCGGGCCCUCUGUUGGGUUAGCGGCAGGCAUCCCAUCACUGGCGGCCACAGCUCUGCUGGUGGCCUUACUUUUUACUUUGGUUCAUCGAAGAAAAAGAAGAAGAAGAAGAAGCAGUACAUCUGCUGAGGAAAGUGAGAGACCAUGUGAAAUUGUGGACAUCUAUGACAAUCCCAAGAUAUCUGAGAAUCCUAGGAGGUCACCUACACAUAUGAAGAAUACAGCAGGAGCACAAGAAGCCCACAUAUAUGUGAAGACUGUAGCAGGAAGCGAGGAGCCCCUGCCUGACACUUACCAUCCUCCUGAAGACAUAGAGAGAAGGAGGGGCCUGUGGUGGCUUAUCCCCAGACUGAGCCUGGAAUGAUGUGGCUUAGUCAAAGAGCAGACCUGGAGCUGAUGAGGGCUAAAAGCCCAGGAAUUUGUAUGUGGAGAGGAGAGAUGUCAAGUCGCUUCUUAACCAGUUCGCAUUUCAUUUGUAGACAUGGAAUACUUUGGGGUCAAUUUGUCUCUUCAAGGGACACUUCCAGAAAGGUUCACUCCAACUGUCAGGUCUGUUGCUUAAUAAACAGUGAAGUAACACAUGAGUUUGCCGUGCAUCGAGAUGGAGCUCCUAAAAUCCUGCCCUGGCUCUAGUGGGAAUCUGCUUUUGUGAUUUUGGGAAAAGACCUUGGUUUCUGAGUGUCUUGAAUUUUCAUCAUUUUUUUACACCCCUUUGCUCAAAAAGCUAUCAGGCCUAGUUUCUGUAGUAAUGUUGGCCAAACUCAACCCAGUACAAGUUAGAAUCUAAAUGAAACUCAUAUGAAAUGUGUGAAGGGAAGUAAUUUCUUAUUUCUUUAGUCUCAUGCUCUCCCAACUGAGAUAUGUUGACUCUGCAUUUCCUAUUUCUGAAUAUUUCAGAAUAAAAAAUCACGUGGAGCCACACAUUUUCUGACCACAGGGAAGGAUAUGACUGGGUCACAUCGUGCAGUAGCGGAAAGAAAAUUAGACCUGCCACUGAACUGCUGUAUGACUUUUGGAGAAUCAAUUAACCUCUGCAAACUUUAGUCUGGGGCUUGUUAAGGAGGGGGUUUCUAUUUACAUGCUUUUUGUGGUCACUGAAAAGUUUAAAGGAAAGCAUUUGCCACUUAAUAAGUACUAAAUUUUUACUUCUAUUUCUCUACUCAAUUUGCUACCUCUUAAUACUGUUGUCCAAUAAAAUCAAACAACUGAUUGUUACCUAUAUUUAAAGGUCACCAAGGAAAUAUUUAUGUCAAACAUUUUCCGUGGUCUGCAAUCCAAAUUGUUGACAUCUUAAGUUAAUUCUAGGUUGAUAUCUAAAGAUAAUUCUAGUAAUGUAUAAAAUUUUAAAUCUAGAUCUAGAUGUGAUCCUUACCCUUUAUAUGAACCAGUUAAAGCCAGGCACUUACAAGAUCUACAUUCCGAUUAAAGAGGCUUGGGGUGUUGCAUUUAUCCUCAAAGAUGCUGAAGGUGAGGGAGAUUCAUGUAUUCUAGUAAAAUGGCUUGCAUUUACAGUGAGAUGUUUUAAAGGCAAGACAAUGUGUGCCUCAUACGAUAGUUUCUCUAAUUAUCUUUGAACAUUGUGCCUUACAUGUAGUACUUAAAGAUACAAUUUUUAUUUAACCAUCAUCAUCAUCACAACAACAACACUACAACAGUCUUCAGAGAGAACAAGAAUGCCUGAGUCCACGAGCAGCACUGCCAUUUUGGCUUGAUAGGAACUGUCUUCAAAGAGAUUGAAUGGAAAAUCAGACAUUUCUGAAGUGAUCCUUAAUAUUGGACAACUAGUUUGUUCAGUUUUGUGCGAGUAACUGUAGAAUACAUCAUUCUCUGACUUUCUCUUAUCCCAGUAACACCUUUCCCAAUUUUCAGUCUUUUUGUCCCCUUUCUGCUUAACUCUUUCUACCUUUCUUUCACCUUCAAUACCAACGUCAUUCUCUUUAUGACUCUGGGUAAAUUAGUAGGUCAGAUAUUCCAUUGGUCCCCUAUCAUUCAUCACCUCAGCUUGUACCUGAGAUCAGAGAAUAUUUGAGUAAGGCAGUUCUGAAAUGGGUUGUCUGUGUGCAUGUGUUUGUGCCUCUGUGUGUGUGUGUGGGGGUGAAUGUGUGCAAAAGUAAAGAAAAGGGAGGGAAAAUGAGUUGCUGUAAGAGAUUACUAGAAAUAAGUGCUAAUGCAUCCUGUGGAGCUAUCUACAUUAAUGGUUACGACUAGCAUAUACUGACUCAUCUCUGCCGUGCUGUCCUCCUGCUGUUGGCCCCCUCACUUUUCCCCUUCAUUCAAUUACCUGCCCUGUUUGGUGGUCACCCUCUGCUACUGUUUCUGGAACCAGGAUCAUCUUUAUCUCUAGAAAAUUCUUCAGUGUUCUUUGUAGGGUUGGUUUGGUGGACCACCGGAUUUGAUGUUUGCCUUGCUGCAUUUUGAUCUUGCAGUGAUCCCAUUAGUUUUUAUAUCUUUAUUUCUUCCUUUUGGAAUGAAAAUUCUUCUCCUAUGUCAGGUGUAUGUAAUUUUCUUCUGAUUUUUAUAGAUAGGUUGGAGCACACUGCUAAGAGUCUCCCUUGAGUUACAGGGAAGCGAUGCUGAAACUGUUGGGAAUCUGGCAACUCUUACAGAUGGACUGAAUGCAGUCUGCAUAAAGAGAUGCACAUGAGUCUUUUGAGGGUCAGGAAUGUUUUUAUGGUUUCUAUCUUGAUAUACCACUAUAGCUUGCAAUCAUAGGGCUUUGGAAAGUGACUGGAUUAUGUGGAUUGAUUUGUUAGUUUCCUGGUGCUGGAACAAAAUAUCUGACACAAGUUAAAGGAGGAAAGGUUUAUUUUCACUAACAAUUUGUAGAAGUUUCAGUCCAUAGUUGGCUGGCUCCAAGGCAGAGCAGCAUGAAAGAGGAACAUGGCAGAGGAGAAACAGUCCACAACAAGGUAGGCAGGAAGCAGCAAGCCAGCCUUCCACCUUUCCCUUUGUAUUCCACCCAGGAUAGAAGCCUAUUGGUUGGUACUACCGACACUUAGGGUAGGACUUUCCACUAUCCAUACUAAGAUGCUAACCCACUCAGUGGACCAAUCCAAUGGAUUGGAUUAGUUAACCAUAACAGGGCCUUACAGCUAAGCUGCUUCUAGGAGGUGGGGUCUGGUUGGGAAGGUGGGCCACUGGGAGGGCCAUGGACUGGAAGGGUUUACCUCUCUCUGUAGCUCCUCCCUUUCAGUUUACACUUCCUGGAUGCCACUCCGUGAGCUGGUCUUCUCUGCCAUUCUCCUCUGCUAUGCUGCCCUAGAAUCAGCUGGCUAUGGACUUAAACCUACAAAAUGUGACAAAUAAACCUUUCCUUCCUUAAA